AUGUCGAGCAUAAUUACGUUCGCUGCUAACAACGAGCUUUUCAGGAAGCGAAAAAGAGUCUACCGAGCUUGUGAAACUUGCAAGAAACGACGAAAACGAUGCACUCAUACCUUUAACAGCGAUGAAGUCGAGGCUGAGGCAAGCAAUGGCAGCGAUAGAACGCAAGGUACUUCGGAGAUCAAGAUCGAGACUCGUGUCAAAGCUAGUCCUAUUCGGCGUGGACGGAGCAAUUCCAAUGAAGCUCGAAGCAGAUCAGUCAGUCCGUCGCAUUUCUAUGGUAGGGCUAGACCCGAGACGUUAUUUCUUGAUCAAACCACGGGUGCUGAGACAGUUCACCAUGAGUGUGGCUACUGGAUGCCAGGAACCACUCACGUUCGAUCUACCUCUCGAAUCAAUGACACAGAUAGUGCUGAGGAGAAAGCGUUGGAAAACUAUCUCGCCGUGGUAAACGUGGAUCUCCUGCCGCCACAGGAGCAUCUCGAUGCACUUAUCAAAAUUUAUUUUGAGUACGUACAUCCAAUCUUACCAAUCGUCGACGCAACGAGACCAGGGAGAAGGAAGAGCGGUAAAUUAUUGUCACCAAUGUUGCUUCAAACCAUCUGCAUCAUCGCGUCAAGACACGAUCGUGCAAAACCGCACCUCAUUCUUCAGGACGGUGGCCAGCCUCUUGCGCCGCGCGAUUUCGCAAAACGACUUUAUAAGUCGGUUAAUGCUGCUUUGAACGCAAAACUCGAACGUGAUCGCGUUGUGCUAAUUCAAGUCCUUGCAUUGUUAUCACAGUAUGUAGAGGGAACUGAGGGAGCAGAAGUUGCUUCGAUUCACCUCGCCGAAGCCAUUCACCACGCACAUACUAUUGGCAUGCAGUUUGGACGAGCACGUGACGAUGAACGAGCCGAAUACUUCAAUAAUUUCUACUGGUGUUUAUGGUGUUUGGAUCGAUUAAACACAAUGAUGAAUGCAAGGCCCGUCUUCAUUUCAGACGAUGAUAGCCGGAUCGACAGCCCUCUGGACCACGAGGAGACAAGGCAUACCCCUUUCGGAAUAUGUUUACAGAUAACUGUAGCCCUCGAUCACAUAAUUAGCUACUACCGCCCUCGGCAUGACUCAUGCACUGGAUGGGAGAAAGAGUUUCCUGGCUUUGAGGAGAUGCUUGGAGAUAAGAGUGCUGAUAUAAAUCCUUCGAUUCUCGCAUUCCUUGAGCUUUUUUAUCACUCGGCUGCGAUAAUGUCCCAUAAGGCACGGCCAAUUAAUGAACCGAUUCCGGCAACAUCAUCCUUCGUUCGGCAAAGCUUGUCUGCAGUUCGGGUCAUUCAGAUUCUUCGAGAUGAAUGUCGUCAUGACCACCCGCCUCUGCCCAUUACCCCUUGGUCCGUUUCGCUUGCCAUGGCUCAUGCAUACCGCGUCUUUCGUCAGAGCAAGAUCGCGACGCUACGUAAUAGGGCCAAGAAGGAUUUACAAGUAUGCUGUGAUAUACUAGAGCAGAUGCGUCGAGACUGGUGGAGUGCUGGUACAAUGGCCGACUUGGGCAGAGCAGCUUUGAAGAAGGCUUCGGGCGACGGUGAGCUGAAUCAGACGCGGGAGAAAAGUGUGGCACGGGAGAAGAGUGUUGCACAAGAACAAGUUACUACACUACCCGAUGCAGAUAUGCAGAGCGAGACAGUAAGAUCGACUUUAAAUAGUCCAAUUCUUUCGACAAGUGAUGGUGUCGAUAUUGCAACCACAUCGACGGAAGUGCCUUCUGGCGGUGGCACGCUAGGCAACAACUUAACGGCAGCGAUUGGACUCGAUCCUUCGAUAUCGCCAGACUGGCUGAACUUUGACACCGCUUUUGAAAACUUCGAUGCGGUACUUGGGAGCUCAGGUGCCGAUGUUUCAAUGGAGCUGCUGCGCCCGUUCAAUUUUGAUGAGUUCAAUUAUUACGAGCUUCCAAAAUGA